AUGGGCGGCCCCGACGGCGGGGUCUUUGUCAGGGAGGGUGGUUGCGAGCCACGUGACGCUCAACGACGGUUCUGGGGCCCUCCCCGGGGGAUUCGGCGGUUGGCCGGCGCGCCCGUUUGCUGCCAAAAACAAAGGAAGGGCGGGCGUGAUUCGAUCGAGGGCAUGAUCGGGACGGCGCGGACCGGCGUCUGUCGGCCUAAGGGUUUGGGGGCGUCAAGCUUGGCGGCGAGCGCCGGGCGCGUCGACAGCCAGUGUGGCAGGGGUUUGAGGGGGCCCGUCAGGGCGUCGGCGGCGACGGGGGAGGGCCGGGGCGGUCUUGAUCCAGACGGAGCGGAGGGGCCGAAUGUGGAGCCGUUGGGGUUCGAUCGGUUGCACGCGACGGGGGAGAAAGAAUUUGGCGCUGAGGCGCUGGCGGGGUUGCGCGUGCCGGAGGUCGCCGUGGGCAGGGUGCGAUCGGCGCCGGCUGCCCGGCAAGUUCCGAAGCCUGGAUGGGCGAUGAACUGGUCGGCCGCGCGUCGCGAGAGCCGUGUGGCUUGGGAGCUGCUCAGGGGCGACCUGUCCGCGGCAGCCUACCCCGGCUGGCUGCUCACAGCGGCAGCGUUCGCCCAGGCGGGCGCCGUGGACGCCGGGGUCCUGGCGGGCAGCUUGGCGUACUUCGGACUGUGCCUGUACCAACGCAGCGCCUGCGAUCACGUCCUCGGCCCGGUCUUCGGCUCGACUUCCGGCUCGAGGGGCGGGAUCGGCAACCCGUGGAGGCGCAUGGCUUUGGGGAGGGCGACAUUCCCCGGCGCUUUGGCGCGCUACGCGGUCGGCCUGGCGGGAUUCGUUGCCCUGGGCCAGGCGCUGGGAGUGCUGCCGUUCGCACUGAUUUCUGCAGCCACUGGUGCCUUGGGCGUCCCGCUGGGCGCCCAUCGGCACUGCUUGCUCGGGAGCGCGGUUGCGGCGGCGGGCGUUGCGGCCCAGAUGGCAGCUGCGUGGGGGAUGGCGACUUCAUUUUCUCCCGUCAUCUGGCGGUGGAUAGGCGCCAUGGCGGCGGCCUCCUUCAUUUGGGGCAACGUCCAGGGCCUGGCAGGGGGCACCGAUGGCCGCAGAGCCGCGGACGGGACAAUGUCUCCAUUCUUGGGAGGAAAAGAUUCCUCUUGCAGGGCCCUGGCGUUGAUGACUGCGGCGAGCGGGCCGGCCGUGCUGCUGGGGCUGGCGGGACCAGUGGGCGCCAGCGUCGCUGCGCGGGCUUGGCAAUCGGCGGGGGUCGCCCUGUGCUGGCUGGUCGCCGCGCGGCUGCUGCUCUACCGGACGCCCCGAGGCUUGAGGAGGACCUGCGGCCUGUGCGGCGAUUUCUACGGCCUGCUGCACCUGGGAGCCCUCUUCCUGCCGGGGGUUGGUGCCUUGGCGUGA